AUGCGAUCGCGGCCUCCAUCCAUUCCCCCCUCCCCUUGGUGUGAAGGAACUUUCAGUUCAUCCCUUUCCCGCUUCCGCUCCACCCGCCGCUCCCGAUUCGGCCGCCCCCACCCAUCUCCGGCCACCGGAGCCCCCGCGUCCACCCCAACAUGGACGCAAUCCACCCUCCGCCGCUCCCGGACCAGGCCGCGCGGACCAGCUGCAGUGACCGCAUAUGGAUCCAGCGCCGCCGCGGAAGCCACCAAAGGCGCCGUGGUCGUUGCGCCUCCCGUUGCUGCAGCUGCCGGAAAGCGGAAAUGGCUGGGGCAGCACGUCAUCCCCGCACCUCCCGCUGGCCCGGCGCUCCCCGCUGUAGUUGCUCCUGUCGUCUCGUCCAAGCGGGUGAAGCGGCCGAGCAGCAAGGUGGCGGCCGCGGCGCCGGUGCCGAAGAAGGCGGCUCCAAAGAAGGCCGCGAAGAAGCCACCCGCGGCAAAGAUGGCGUCGUUGACUGCCUUGACAACGGUGUUGGUGCCUACAACGACGGAGCCGGCUCAUGCGCGCAAGGUGGUCGAUGAAAGUCCCGCGGUUGAUGAUGCGCCGAAGUCGUACGUUGACAUGCUCAACGAUGCUGCCGUGGAAAUCGACUCGCCGCCGCUAGCGGAUUACGGUGACUACAACGAGGGAUUGGAGGAGGGGCUCGAAGGCGAGGAGUUUGAGGAAGAAGAAGACGCCGGCGGCGAGGGAGAAGACGAAUUGGAAGAGAUCGAGGAUGGGGCGUUUGAUAGGGAGGUGGCGAAGGUGAAAGGGAGAGCGAUCCGGGCCGUCAACUACUCUGAAUUCGAAGUCAUGACCUUAAUCUGUGCUUGGGAGGCGGUUUCGAUGGAUGCCAUGAUCGGCACCGACCAAACCGGCAAGAGGUAUUAG